CCUUUUUCUUACGGAGGUUUCACUUCCGUUUCCUCUUCGUCACUGCCACACAGACUUGACUUGGGUUUAUACACCAAAAGACAAAAAAAUGUCCACACCGACACCUGGCUCAACUCACCAAGCGGACGGAUCAACUUGCUUAUUGUAACCAACCUGAGCGACACCGGUGAACUCGGUAUUUUCCAUCUCCCGGUCAGACCAAUAUGAGCCGCCCGUGUGUGUCUGCUUUCAGCGGAGUGAGCUUACAAAGUGCGCAGAGGGUCUCAUCGCGGUAGCUAGCGUUAGCCCUGCAGAGCUGCCGUCUGUGGGCCGCUCUGGCUGCAUCACUCACGGGACAGGUACCUUUCAAUUAGCCAAGACUCAGCACCAUGAAUCUGUUACGUCUAGUGUGCCGCCACAAGACAGCCCUGGUCAUUGGCACUGUGUGCAGCUUUGCUGUAGUUCUGGUCUUCUUGGCCAAAUGUACCUCAGAAACCCUGAAACAGGGCCACCAGGACCCUCCAGGCUUAGCCCCUCAUGCCAGUGCUUUGCAGUCCCAUCCAGAGCAGCACAAUCCCCCUUCUACAUCCAAAGACUUGUCAGCGUUCCUCGUGGUCCUCAUCACAACCGGACCCAAGUACACAGAGCGGAGGAGCAUCAUCCGCAGCACCUGGUUGGCCAAGCGGGACUCUGAUGUUCUCGCCAUGUUUGUGGUGGGAACUCAGGGGCUUUCCAGCGAGGACCUACAGAACCUUAACACAGAGCAAGGGCGGCACAAGGACUUGCUCUUACUGCCUGACUUGCGAGAUUCUUACGAGAACUUAACACUCAAGCUCCUGCACAUGUACUCCUGGCUGGACCAGAACGUGGAGUUCAAGUUUGUCCUCAAAGCAGAUGACGACACAUUUGCUCGCUUGGACCUCCUAAAGGAGGAGCUGAAGGGGAAAGAGCCCAGCCGCUUAUACUGGGGCUUCUUCUCAGGGAGAGGGCGAGUGAAGACUGCUGGGAAGUGGCGGGAAAGCUCUUGGGAGCUUUGUGACUACUACCUGCCCUACGCGCUGGGUGGGGGCUACAUCCUCUCCUCCGACCUGGUACGUUACGUGCAUCUUAAUGCAGGCUACUUCAAGACGUGGCAGAGUGAGGAUGUGUCACUGGGCGCCUGGCUGGCACCAGUGGAUGUGCGGCGGACGCAUGACCCACGCUUUGACACAGAGUAUAAAUCGCGUGGUUGCAACAACAAAUACUUGGUGACACAUAAGCAGAGCUUGGAGGACAUGUUGGAGAAACACCAGACUCUGCAGCGUGACGGCAGGCUCUGCAAGGAGGAGGUCAAGCUGCGGCUGUCCUACGUGUAUGACUGGAGUGUGCCACCCUCACAGUGCUGCCAAAGGAAGGAUGGCAUUCCUUAGUUUUUGUCCUUUUCACAAGGCCCUGAAGUUGGCUUCUGAUUUGUAUCUUCAAGUCAGGGGGAGGUUAAGGGAUAAUUCUCCAGUGUUACACCUUUUAAAGUUAUGUAGCAGGUUCCAGCCAACAUAGUAGAUGCUUUAAUGAUGAAAGAAACCCCAUUUCAGAUUUGGAAAACCAUUUUUCUUAUAGUUACAGUAUACACACACGUAUAGUUAUACAACUUAAAAGCUUCGUACUACGAUGCCUACCUCCAGUUUCACAGUUUUAAAGGGUGUAACAGUGGGGAGUUGACUGAAAAAUAAUACCCCUUAACUCUCAAACAGGAAGUCAGUUUCAGGCUCGUGUCCUUUUCAACCAGUUAACUCCUUUGGCCUUGUUUUUCGGACCUAUGUCAGUGCUCUCCUCACCGCCAGUUCACCACGUCGGUGGCCUACUUCUCUCCUCUGUCUGUGCUGCUUCUGCUGUACCUCUUGCUCAAUAUUUUCCAACACUAUUCGAUAUGUUUCACCAUUAUUUCAGUGUAGUAGUACUGUACAGGGAAACCAGACGGGAGAAUCUCACCCUGCCAUGAUGUCUACUUUUUUUGUGAAAGCAGUUUUUAUUUGUAUUUUAUUUAUUGUUAAUUUAUUCGGCAGCAAACACAACACACUGGUACUGAGUUGGGACAGAACCACGGUGGAUGUGGUUGCUGCUUGUGAGUGGAGUUUGUAUUUAUAAAUGUGUUUGGGGGAAAUCAUGCGUAAUUCACUUUUUAAAUGUAAAAUUUUUGUUUACGGUCAACGGUACAACAAAGUUUCAUCUGUUUGGAGGUGCAAAGAAUGUGUAAGAGAAAAUGGUUGAAUGUGUUUUAUUCAGCAGGCCUUCUUAUUCCUCAUACUGGAGCUUAUGUGAGGAUACUUACAUUUCCAAGGCAGCCGUCACACUUCAGAGUUUAGGUCAGUACUUUUACUGUGUGGAGAUAUCAAGUUAUUAAUGUUUGUCUGCAGCGCACCACAGAUUCAGAAUGAGAAACUUGAUAUAGACUACCAGCCGGCACUUGGUCACUUUUUUAAAACAGGAAACAAAGUUUUAAAGUCCAUAAAUUAUUAUUCAACGACUUGUUUUUUUCUGAUGUUAUGCUCUCCAACCAGAACUUACCCUGUGAUGUCACUAGCUCUGUCCUGAAACUUGUGAAAUGUGUACAGCAUCGCUUAAAGGGUACGAUAUGACGAUGGAGCACCAACAUUUAAGAAAUGCUGCAAGAGGAGCCAUGUCCGAGCUUAUUUUUAUGGCGGCUUAUACAUUUUUUUUGUUAACAAUGACAUGACUUAUUUUCUCAUUGUUGUCACUAGCAAACCACAAUUCAGUACAACCUAUGUUUCAGUGUUUGUUUUUACGUGUAUGGUCAGCCUCC